UUUUGUUGAACAAGAUUAAAUUAACUAAAGGGCUUGCAUUUUGUUUUUAAAAAAUUGACAGAAGGAAACUUCCUUCCAAUUAAAUUGAACUCAUUAUUAAUCUGAAAACAAAAGCGAGCAGAGUAAAAUUUGUAGUUAGAUUAUAGUAAGUGGUAUGUGAAAUUCUGAAAGCUUAGUGUCCCCAUAAAAGCCACAUGUAAAACAUUUGCUUGGGAGUUACUCCAGAUAGGAAGUGGUUUCUUUCUCCACUUGAUUCAUUGUAGAAUGAAGAACCCUGAUUUUCCAUUUGUUCAGGGCUUGAGAAUCACAUGGGUAUUACUGAAUUCUUGUUGGUUUUUUCCUCUCCUUGUGAGGUAUUUGAUCCUGGACAGUUUGUCCACGUCCUGAAAGAAGCAGAGGGGAGCCGCCUCCAGGAAACACGAGGAGGGCAGUGUGAAUUACGGUCAGAUCAGAUUUCCUCUUCAGAAAGGGAAGGUCCUGCUGCACCGAAGGGGCAGCAAAUUCCUGUGGAGCUGACUAGACCACACCUUUUGCUCUGGCCUGGAGACCAGGAGGAAUCACAGUCUGAGAUUUACCAGCCAAAGUUCUAUGAUCUGCAAUUUGGGCAAGGCUCCGUGGGAACCUCCCAUCUUUGUUCCACUCAGCAUCAGCUAAGGCUUGUUCAACACAGCAGCAAUGGCAAUUUGGUGGAGUACUGUGCUGGUCCAGCGUAUAGCUCUUACCCUUCCCUCACGAGCAGCUUUCCGAUGGAUGAUAAUAGAAGGAUUCAAAUGCUGGCAGACACUGUGGCUACUUUACCUCGGGGAAGAAAACAGCUUGCUUUGACAAGAUCAAGUUCUUUAGGAGACUUUUCCUGGUCUCAAAGAAAGCUUGUUACUGUGGAAAAACAUGAUAAUGGAACAUUUGGAUUUGAAAUUCAGACUUACAGGCUCCCGAAUCAGAACACUUGGUCCUCAGAUAUAUGCACUCUGGUCUGCAAAAUCCAGGAGGAUAGCCCAGCACACUGCGCUGGCUUGCAAGCUGGUGAUGUCCUUGCAAAUAUCAAUGGUGUGAGCACAGAAGGCUUUACCCACAAACAAGUUGUUGACCUGAUCAGAUCUUCAGGAAACCUGCUCACGAUAGAGACUCUUAAUGGAACAAUGAUUCUCAAAAGAACAGAGCUUGAAGCAAAGAUGCAAGUUUUAAAGCAAACCCUGAAGAAAAAAUGGGUGGAGUUCAGAUCUCUGCAGUUACAGGAACAACGCCUGCUUCAUGGUGAUGCAUCUAACUGCCCAAGUUUGGAAAACACGGACGUGGAUGAAUCAACUUUGUUUGGAACCCUGCCUGGGCCAGGCCCGGCCCCGCUGGAGCGGCAUCGGUUAUCCAGCGCGAGCAGCUGCAAGAGCUGGUUGAGCUCCGUGACCAUGGACAGCGAGGAUGGCGACCAGACCGGUGUGUCCGAGAACUCGAGCAGGGGAGCCUUCAGCCGGCAGACGAGCACCGACGACGAGUGUUUUGUCCCCAAAGAUGGGGAUGAUCCUCUGAAGAGGUCUUCCUCGAGGAAGAACCGGAGUGUUAGUACCGCCAGCAGCGGGUCCCUGUCUCCCUUGUGGGAGGGCAACUCCUCAAGCCUGUUUGGGACCCUGCCCCGGAAAAGCAGGAGGGGAAGUGUCCGGAAACAACUCUUAAAAUUCAUCCCCGGCCUUCACCGCGCUGUGGAAGAAGAAGAGAGUCGCUUUUGAUGGGCCGUGAUGCCCUUGGUGUUUGCUUAUUUCGGAAAUAUCUUUAGACUCGUGCAGCGCAACUCCACUAGUGGGAAAGUGCAGAUGGACUGCAAAACUGACAUCCCGUGUCCUGGCAACUGUGACCUCUGUUUAAAUGUUUGUACCAUUAUUUUUUUUGCUUGUUAAGUCAUUUUUCCACUAGGACAGCUCAAGUUCUAAGCAGACAGAGAGGAAACUAAGUAAUAAGUUUGAUACUAUAUAUAACAAGUUAAGGCAAGUAUCUGAUCAUUUGAAUGCUGCCUCUGAAGGCAAGAGUAAUAUUUAUUUUCUAGAUUAUCCAUGUGAAAAAAAACAGAACGUUUUGGAAUCAAGUGUGAAUAAAAGAGAGACAGACUAUAAUUAUUUGAAAUCGCUUCCAUAGUCUAAUUGGUAGGUUACAAAAACUAUUUGCUUCUGAGGAGGCUGAAUAAUAGGCAACUUUUAAUCUUUCUGUUCAAAUCUAGGAAGGAUCAUAAACAAAGGUGUCAGCACCAUUUCUCACUUCCGCAGUGACAAUAAAGUGAGAAAUAUAAGAUUUAAUGGGGGCUUAAUCUUCAUGAGAGCAAUGGAAGGAUGUUAUCUAAAAAUGUGCUGAGGAAGAUUAUAAGGUCUUUUUUAUCGGCAGCCCAAACAAAAUGGGUGGGAAUGUCAUUCUUACCUCAUUCAAAUUUUGUUCUGCCUAAAACAUUGAUGACAAGCCCAGAACCCUCAAGAUCCUAUAGUUUGUGGGGUUUUUAAAACUAAAUGUUUAAAAUUUGAGAAAUUAGAGUCGGGAAAAUGAUGUUCCUCCUGGAGAUUUUUUUCACAUUACUCCUCACUUCAUAGUACGUAUUCCAAAUAUUGCCUCAGCACUAUUUUGCCUAUUACUUAUGUUAGUAUCACGUUCCUUAUAGCCUUGCAAUCACAUGCUUAUUCAAAGCACAUUAAAGUACAUGAUUUCUCUAUUUUGAUGAUACAAUUGCUCAUUACCUCUGUUCUAGAGUUGAGUAAUUCAGACAAGGUAACUAAUAGUCCUUACAGAUUUUGAGCUGGGUUGUGUGUGUGUGUGUGUGUGUGUGUGUGUGUGUGGAAGCGUGUGUAUGUGUCUGUGUGUUUGGGGAAAAUAGAGACAUUUGAUAGUCCACUUUGGUGACUACACUUAAAUAAACUGAGUAAAGUAUGAGUCAUUUUGAGGGGAAAAGAAAGGAAAGGUAAGGAAGCUUGUAGGGUUAGAAAUAAAUAACAAAAGAAAAUAGAAGAUCUCUUAUUGGGACCUGCUUUUUAUUAAUUCUUUGAACUCAGGAGCAUUCAGUGGACCCUGCUUGAGAAGCAUUCACAGGAAAAGCAGAGUGCAGCACAUUUCACAGGAACUAUAGUAACCCUGUCUACCAUUUACUGAAUGCAAGUAGGUUAGAGAUGAUUCCCAUGAGAUCUCUGAAAUCACCCUGUAGAUACGAGUAAGGUGAACAGAUAAGAAAGCAGGCAUUCAAAGUUUCUGUCAUGGUCAGUGGCCAUGCUGAAAUUGGAAGCCAGUUCAGUAAGCCUGUUCUCUUAGUAUCUCUAAACAUUGUUUACUCUUCUGCUGGUUCCGUAUAGUUACAGCCAGAGGACCCCCUCCCUCUUCCCCCAGGAAUACUUAAAAUGCACAAAUAUAGGUACUGUAUCAGUGAGGAAAUUGUCUUUGGUAAAUAGGAAGACCAACAUAUUUAGUAUGACUCUUUCUCCUAGUCUCUACAGGCAAGUUUUCAGAUAUAAGCACAUUAAUAACUUCAUUGUUAGCAAUACAUUUAUGUUCAACAAGGGUUUGCAAAACAGUCAUAAUUAAACUGAUAUUAUUUCUCAUUGCAGACGUGAAUUAUCAUGUUGAAGAUGUCCUUACAUGAACACAGCAUUUCUUGUUAAUCCUAUUUUGUCAGGUCUAGGGGAAAGACAUGUCACAUCUAUUUGGGGAAGGAUGACUUUAAGGUGUUCUAUAGUGUAAACAAUGUUUCAAGAACUUCCACAGAUGAUCUGGGAAAGCAGAAGAUAAGUCAUUUGCUUUUCUUGUGGCUUUACCUACUAAAUACAGUGUAAUGCUUUGUUACAGUAAACAUCAAACCCUACAAAGGGCAGAGAUGGGAGAGAGCAAGUUUCACUGUAAUCUGUGAUAAGAAUUAGUGUCAAGAGUUGGCUAUGUUCUGGAAAAAAAAGCAAAGCACUUUUUAACCAAAGUACAGGAAGGAAAGGUAUAUCAUGUCUUGGGUGUUCACAAGUUGCAAGAAAACCAGCUGUUGUUUAGUGGAAAUGUGGGUAAAUUUCUCACAGUAGAACUUUUCAGAUUGAGACUGACCUUAUUGGGGCUCUAAGAGAUUUUAUAAACUAAUCCAGCAAUGGUUCACUUUGAUGUAAUUUACUAGGUAAAGGAUUGAAAAGAAGGUUUUUUUAACCCCAAAGUUGUCAAAUAUGUAAUAUGGACAAAUUGAAUUAAUUGGCAAUUUGUUAUGAAAAUGAACUUUUCUAGUAUGACACUGAUAAACCAAAUUCGAAUCAAGCACACUGGGAGUUAGUCUGUCAUGUGGCUAAAGAAACAUCACCAUGUCAAACAGGUGGGAACUAUAUUUUUUGAAAUGAACUUUUUAAAAAUCAUUUUCUAAUUUAUAAUACUUUUAUAUUUUAAUUGCACAUACAAUCAGUAUUAAAAACCUAGUCUGAAUGGAAGAAAUCAAACUGGGACAUAGUUUGUGUAUUGGUAUUGAUCAUAAAAUUAUGUAUUUGUGGAUAUAUACAACCUAAGUACUGUAAAUAAUACAUAACAACUAUAUUGAACCCUUUAGGUCACAAAAUUAUUGGAACUUUAGUUCCUUACAGAUCUAUGGGCAAUAAAAAUUUGAUUCCUUUCUGAAA